AUGUGCUUAUAAUUAAAAUACAUGUUUAUGUAGAAAUACAUUAUUUUACAUAUAAAACCCAAUUAUCUUUUGUUUACAUAAUAUUUUUAAUUUUUACAGUUAUAAGUAAAUAAAAUAAAUAAAUAAUAAUAUUAUUUUAUUCGAAAGUCUAAUUUUUAACAAAUAAUACUUAAUUUUAUAUUUAAAACUAAAAUUAUUAAUUAUAGUUUAAUUACUAAAAAAAUCUACAUAAACUUUACAUAUUGAUAACAUAUUUAUUUAAAUAUUAAUUAUUACAACAUAUUAAAACACCUUAAUAUUAUGGUAAAUUACUUCCGGAUCUCCAUAAUGAUGGUCAGAUAAUGUAUACUUUGUUUUAUUAUUUUUGUUUAAUGUUUUUCGUAACAAACUGUUUAAAUUAAAUAAUAUUGCACUUUUAUGGAAAAAAUCCAAAAGAUAUAAUGAAUGGAUCAGUUUUUUAAUAUUUAUAAGUUAAAAUGUGUUAAUUGUAAAAUUUUAAAAGAAUCUCUUAAGAAUAUUCCUUUUUAGAGGAAAAAAUAGAGAAAUACAUUGGAGAGAAACUCACCUCUAUUAUAGAGUUACUCUAUUAUAGAAGAAAAAAUAGAGAAAUACAUCGGAGAUGGUUUUAAGAGAUAGAAUUGGGUUUGUAUAGAACUAAGCACGUGGCUUGCAUGCCAUCAUCAAGUUCUGUAACGGACCCUUUAUAACUUGGGACUUGACCAAUUGUCUAACAUAGAGAAUUUUGAAAAUGCUAGAAGCGUGAGUGAUUGAUAACAGGAAUUUCUCUGACGAAGCUAUGGGUUCCGUUGCAGAAGAGCAGUCCCUCAUCGGACAAGUGUUAAUACAGGAGGAACUGAAACUAUAUGCUGAAGAUGGUUCAGUCGACAUCAAAGGAAACCCACCAUUAAAAGACAGAACCGGAAACUGGAAAGCUUGUCCGUUUAUUCUAGGGAAUGAAUGUUGUGAGCGGUUGGCUUACUACGGCAUUGCUAUCAAUCUCAUUACUUACCUAACCACUAAGUUGCACCAAGGAAACGUUUCCGCUGCUAGAAACGUCACAACAUGGCAAGGGACUUGUUAUAUCACUCCUCUCAUUGGAGCCGUCUUAGCCGAUGCUUAUUUGGGUCGAUACUGGACCAUUGCUUGCUUCUCCUCCAUUUAUUUCCUCGGAAUGUCUGCUCUGACUCUCUCUGCUACGGUUCCAUAUCUGAAACCCGCUGACUGCGUUGGAGACUCCUGCCCAUCACCGACCACAGCUCAGAACAUAACAUUCUUUCUCGGGCUUUACCUUAUAGCUCUUGCCACCGGGGGAAUCAAACCGUGCGUUGCAACCUUUGGUGCAGACCAGUUUGACGACAGCGACUCGAGUGAACGAGUGAGAAAGUCUUCUUUUUUCAACUGGUUUUACUUCUGUAUCAAUAUCGGGUCGUUUGGAUCGUCUGGUCUAGUGUUGGUUCAAGAGAAUAUCGGUUGGGGGUUAGGUUUCGGGAUACCUACUAUCUUCAUGGGACUAGCUAUCAUAUGUUUCUUCUUUGGCACGCCACUUUAUAGGUUUCAGAAACCUAGAGGUAGUCCCAUCACACGGAUUUGUCAAGUUCUUGUCGCUUCGUUUCGUAAGAUGAAUCUCGAAGUCCCUGAAGACACAACACUUUUAUAUGAAACUGAAACACAAAACCUGAGUUACGCGGUCGUCCAAAGUAGGAAACUCGAGCACACAGAUGAUUACAAGUACCUUGACAAAGCUGCUGUUAUAUCAGCACAAGAAGCGAACUCUGGAGAUCUUUUAAGUCCUUGGAGUCUAUGCACCGUUACGCAGGUCGAAGAACUCAAGAUUCUUAUACGAAUGUUUCCAAUAUGGGCUUCAGGUAUCCUCUUCUCAUCUCUCCACGCUCAAGUCUCCACAAUGUUUGUCCAACAAGGAAGAGCCAUGAACUGCAACAUCGGCUCUUUCAAGAUCCCCCCAGCGACCCUCGGGGUCUUCGACUGCAUCACCGUCCUAGUUUGGGUUCCACUCUACGACCGUUUCAACGUCCCGCUCGCCAAACUUAUUACAAGGAACGACAAUGGGUUCACCGUGCUUCAACGAAUAGGAAUAGGUCUUGUCAUUUCGGUCUUCUCUAUUGUAUCAGCAGCCAUCGUUGAGAAGGUGCGGCUUGGGGUGGUGGAAACAGGAACAGUUGUUUCUUUAACUGUGUUGUGGCAGGUUCCUCAGAUUUUCAUACUCGGUGCAGCUGAGGUUUUCUACUGUAUAGGACAGCUUGAGUUUUUCUAUGGUCAGUCACCAGAGUCGAUGAGGAGUCUGUGUUGUGCAUUGGGACUGUUGACUUAUGCGUUUGGGAGUUACUUGAGCUCGUUGCUGCUCACGGUGGUGACGUAUCUCACGACCAAGGACGGUGGAGAUGGGUGGAUUACGGAUGAUCUCAACGAAGGACAUCUUGAUUAUUUCUUCUGGUUAUUGGCCGGUUUAAGCAUUUUGAAUGCGGUGGUUUACGUUUUCUCUGCUGUUAAUUACAAACAGAAGAAGACGUUAUAAACUUUUACUUUUUAUUCACGUUUUUGUUGUUGUUGUCUAAUCAGAAUAUAAAAUUAUCAAACUUAUCUGUAGAAAUUCAUCAAUUUUAUUUGUUGUUUUCUCAAACCGAAAACGAACCUAAUGUUAGCAAUGUUUUCAGACAAAAAACCAACCAUAGUUUAAGUUUUUUUUUUGACAAUUUUGCAAGACAAGUAUACAUAAAAUGCCAUAUUCCAUCUCUAGUACAAAAUAUCUUCCUUUUUCUUUCUGUUCUUUUUUUUUUCUAUCAAACGUUUGAUCUGCUUUCAAUAACUUGAAUAAGUAUUACUGGACCCACGAUUACUUUGCUGCAGCCUUUUCAUUUCCUCAAAGUGUUUAUCUAACAUAUAUUUGGUAUCCCUUCAUUCUUUGAUGUAAUGAUGCUCACUCUGAUAACUCUUUACAUAAGUCUUAGUGCCCAUUAUACUUCAUUGCCGCUUUCCCUGGAACAUCAGGUAAGUGUCUGAUUUUCUCUUUGGUGAGAUCAUUUGUUAGGUAAAAGGUUAUAAUUAUUCGCCUGGCCAGGACUCCAAUUAAAUUAGCUUUGUAUAUUAACGUUUGAUACAUACUCUCAGACCCUUUAUCUGGAUAUGAAAACUUAUGAUUUGUUCAUCUCCAACAACUCAUACCUGUAUAUAAUGUUGUGCAUUCCAAGAAAAGAAUAUAGAACCAGGGAACAUAUAUACUCUCAUACCGAUCUAGAGCACAUGAAACAAAUGUUGAUUUUUUUUUUAAUUAUUUUUGUCUACAUUUGAAGAAAAAAAUGAAUUGUCAGAAGUUUUAAGUUUCCUGUAGGGGCUCCAUAAACACUAGACCGGCCGGCCUGAACACUCUGCAUUGUAUAGGAAAUUCGUCAAAAAUUGCAAUAAUGGUUGGUGGAUAAGAGAACUUAUACAAAGCCUGUAAAGGGAGAUUAUUAUUCUAUGUCCCUCUCCUUCUUCCUUUUGACCUGCCACAUUACAACCUACACAAUCAGUUUUGUGUUGUUCUUCAAUUAUCUCUAUAUUGCCAUGAUUAUAACCAUGUGUGGUGCCUUUAGAACCUACACUUUCUCUUGAAUUUUUUCAAUGAUCAAGAAAUUUAUAGGCGGUCGUUAAGCGUUUUAUAUGAAAUUAUUGAUUAAUCGGGUGAUUAGACCAAUUUUUUGAAUGUCUAGAUCGAUUUUUGAAAAAGUGUAAAAAAAUUGUUUUGUUUAGAUAGUUUAAAUCCGAUUUGUCGAUUAGGCGGACAUCCGGGUGGCACCUAGACUAAUUUUAUAGCACUGAAUUUUCUACCUGUUGCGAUAUCCUUUUGUUUGAGUUAGAAUUCAUAGUUUGAUAUAUUUGGACAAGGGAGCUAAAGAUAUAGGGAUAAGAUGAUUUUUCUUUUAAGGAAAGAAAAAUCACGGAUUGUUUGUUUAACUGGUCCUUAUCCCCUACUAAGCUUGUUAUAUACAUCCACUACCAUAAAUUUUAUUCACAUUGCCACAUCUAUACUAUUGUAUAUUUCAUUAUUUUGAUUAGUAACAGUAACAUAUUUUCUGGCAAAAAGUUUUUUUUUGUUAAACCGUUUUAAGAAGAAAAGUUAUGUAUUAAAUAUGUUUUGUUGGUGACCCACCUAUUCUCAAAUCACACUUUUAAACAAACCCUCUCUAGGUGUUUUUCUCUCUCGGGUGAUUGCACCUUUCUACUAUUAUAUUUUUUCGAUUUUAGAUCCCUCGUGUAUGUGUUAUAUAUGUGAUUGAAAUCAAUUACUCCUUCCCUUUUUAAAUAAGUGUCAUUUGACAUUUUCUACACAAAUUAAAAAAAUAAUAGAAAUAUAAAUAAAUUGUUAUUAAUUAUACCUCUUUAACCAAUAGUUUUUGAGAUAAAUAAAAUUAUUGAUAAAAUUAAUACAGUUUUCAAUUAAUUUUCAAUUGAAAAUAAGUAUAUAUUUAUGAAAUUGUAAAGUGAUAUUUUUGUAUAACAAAAAAAGUUAAAAUGACACUUACUCCGAAAUAUAUGGAGUAAUAAAUGAUAACUAGAUUUUGAUCCGCGCUUGAAAGCGCGGGUAUGAUUUUGUUUUGUUUUUUAUAAUUAUGAAAUUUAGGGUUUGAAUCAUAUAAUUUUGAAGAUUAUAUCACUAAUAUAUAGGUCAUUUGCGUAAGCACAAUUAAUUUGUAUGAAAUUAGAUCAUGCGUUUGCGUUUUUGAAGUUUGUUUGAAGAUUCAUUUGUGUGUAAAAAUAGUAUAACAAUUUGAAACUGGGAUAAAUAUAGUGUUAUUAGUAACGAUUUAUGCUACAUUUAAUUGUAUGUCUAUUAACAAUCAAACUACCAAUUAUAAUGCCAAGUAUUAGAAUAUUUUCAAUUUUUUUAUAUAAAAGUAUCUAUAAUGUAAAUCUAAACUACAAUUUACUAUUUUAUAAGAGUAUCAGAGACAUAUGUUCCAUUAUUAAAAGUUAGAUUUUAAAAAGAAUGUUUUAUUCACAUAUAUUUUUGUAAGUUAUGUUCUUAAGUAUUUGGACUUUAUUCUAUUUUAUAUUUAAUGUGGGUCUCAAUUUAAUUAUGUUUAAGUUUUUGGUUUUAUUAAUUUGGAUUUUAUCUGUGUUAGAAAUUAAUUGUGUAGUCGAUGGUACUAUGCUCCUUGUGGGUAAAAUGAAUAUUUCGAUGUUUUUAUAAGUGGGGGAAUGAAUAUUUCGAUAAAGUUAUGUUAUAAUAGGUUGUGCUUUGGUUUUGGUUCAUGUAAUUUAUUUUGUUUGGGUAUGGUGGUUUAGCAAUCGAUGAUUUAAAUAGUUAAAAAUAAAUAAUAAUGUAUCCAGUUUGAUAGUUAGAGUAAAAAUCGCGUAUAUAGGUAAAUAUUUUGUCACAUAUUAUUAUAAUAUAUAGGAGAAGUUCAAAAAAAAAAAAAAAGAGUUCAAACAACUUUUUUUUAAGUAGAUUUAUUAAAACUUUUUCUUUUUUUAAUAGUAUUGAUUAUUAUAGUGGUCAAAUCUAAUAAAAUGGUUCGGUAAGAAAUUUGACCAAUCAAAAUAGAAUUUAGCUGUUAUGAUAAUCCAAAACUUUUCAACAAUCCUAUAUUAUUGUCAAGCUGCAUGUAUAUAUACAACUCACAGACACAAAUAUGUAUCAGUUGAAGAAACUUAUUGAAUGUUGGUUUGUAGUAAAAGCCAUGAAUCAUGGACCUGUGGUCAAUUUCACAUUAAAUUGAUUUUGGAUCUAUUUGGGAAUUCAUUGCAUGUUUGAUUUUUCGUUAUCAUAAGAAUUAUUUCAGAGAGCAAUUAACUAAUGUCGCGACAUGUACCCACCGAAUGAAUUUCGUCGCACCAACUUUAUAUGUGAGAAAUUGCUUAACUCGUAUGCGAUCAGGGCCGUGCCUGACAACAUAUAUAAAGUUAGGAGCAACUAAUUUUUUUGGCCAUUUUAUAACUAAAAGUAGUGUUAUAAUAUAUAGAAAUAUGGGUUCGAAUUUAGCACUUUGAAUACACUACCAACCAAGUUUAGUUACCAUCAGAACCAACUGAUCUUUAAUGCAAUUGGCCCCUAAUUUUUUUUUUGUGAUCAAUUGGCCCCUAAAUUAUUAUUAACUUAACUGGCCCUAAAGCUAAUGCUUGAUCAUCUUACAUACAUAAUAGGUAACUCGUAUGUCUUUUGUGUGUAAAACCAAUAUUUAAAUAUUUUACUUGAUUAACCAUUUAAUCAAGGUUAAAUUUCACAAAAUUUACUUUGAUUUUCGAAAGCAUAAAAGAAAAGUGGGGUUUGACUUAUAUGUCGUACGUAUUUUACAUGUGUAUUAUACCACGUAUACGACACUACGGCUAGAUUUUAGGUGCAGCGUGAAGAAAAUCAUAGCGUUUAUGUGUUACAACAAGUCUUUAUCUUGAAAGUCAAUAAACAUCUCCUUGAAAUAUUCUUACAUUAGAAUUCGUGAUUUAUAUGGGGUAAAAGGUCUACUUUGGACGUACGUAACCUCUAAAAUCACCUCUAAUUGAUUUUAGUAUUACGGCUUGGUUUGAUUUUUGUAGUGUUAUACAUGCAACUUUCUCUUUUUGGUCGGUUUUGUUGGAAUUCUUGCGUAUGCAGUUUUGUUGAAUAUCUAGGAUCUAAAUAAAAUACACAGUUGAAAAAGGUAUUAUUGGUACAUCUUAAGAAAGGGUGUAAAAUAAGUUAAACAUGCCAAAUAAGUUCCGCCUACUGCAAACAAAUGGAUUGAUUGAUAAAAUCUAUAUAGGUUUGUUUACUUUAAAAAUGAUGACAGUAAUCAUUUUACUAAACCCUAUACUUUUUGCUUAGUUUUUGAUCCUACACGGAAGUAUUAACAUUUACACCCCAAAAAAACAUAGAAUAAACCCAGGGGAAAAACUGAAAUAUAUAUUGUAAUAAAAACUAAGCUGAUGACAAACCGGGUCUACGGUCAAGAAGAUGUGCACAAGCACCACUUACAUACCCAUUUGGCCAUUUCGUCAUCGACGACAUUUACGUCCCACCACCUUCCUACUUUAAGCAACCUCCUACGUUUUUUCUCUUCCUCUUCUUCUCUCUAUUUUAAUUUUAAUUUUUAAUUUAAUUUAUCUAUAACAAUGUGGGAUCCGAAUUACUGCAAUCACGAACCAGUAAUUUUACUGGGCUACCACAUAGGGAAAUGAUUUAAAUUUGUUUUCAACAUGCAGCAAGAAAUCAGAAAAGGUAAGAGGACAGGAAAGAAGCAGAAGCAUAGGGGCUUGUGUAGUGAAUAUCAUUACAUUUUUAAUGAAAACUGCGUAUAUAAAACUAUAUUUUUUUUUUAGAAACGAAAUUUGAUCAGAAAAAAACUACUCCCUCCGUUUCACAAUAGAUGAUGUUAUUCUUUAGUGCACAAAGAUUAAGAAAAUUAUUUUUUUCUAUAAAGUAGUUUUAAAAAUAUAAUUUAAAAAUCAUCCAACCAAUUACAUAAAUGACUACAACAUCUAAUUGAUUACACAGUUUUCAAUAAAGCUAAAAAUAACAUAAAAAUAUCACAACAUCAUCUAUUUUGAAACAAUAAAAAUCUUCUAAAACAUCAUCUAAUAUGAAACAGAUGGAGUAUUAGAAACGAACCAAAAAGUGAUGAAAUGAUGAAAUGGAGAUGGACGAAAAUGAAAAAAGGAAAUUAGGGUAAUGAAGUAAAAAAGUUGGUUUAAAUACGUAAAAAAAACAAAAAAAAAAACGAAGAGAAAAUAGGAAACUAAAAAAAAAGAAUGAUGAUCUUAAGGUCAAAGCAUUGCAGUUGGGUUAUUUACAUUUUUUAAAUCUGAUCUAAAAAGAGUUAUGAUGAAAAAAGAAGUUUUGACACCGUUAGGGAAAUUUUUCAUUUGGGUAAAUCCCAAUAAGGUAAUUAUUGUAAGCAAUUAGGAUUGGACAAAUCGAAAGCACAUAUUCUGAUAUAAGAGAACCAUUUUGUAUUACACGUAUCACAUGAAUUUUGUAUGUAGACUAGUUUUCAAAGUAUGCAAAUCUCAUAUUUUUCAUAGACACUUACUGUGUCAAAACCAAAAGCUCUAACCUCUUUACUAUCUGGAUAAUAGUUUGCAUGACAACUUUUCUCCAACGGGAGUGGUCCAUGGAUUAUUGAUACCAACCAAAAUUCAAAAAGAUUCUUGAAAAGCUAUUUUCUACUAAUACAUGCAAAGUCAAAUGGAUGAUAAAUUUGCGUUGAAUGUAUUCUAUUCUUUUUUCUAUCAAGAUUGUAUGUAUUCUAUUCUGUUAGGUCAAAACACAUGUCACCUCAGACUAUAUGAGUAUAACAACAUUCCAGCUGGUAAUUUAAAAAAAUAUCCCAUAUUUCUUCUUUCUGUUUUGGUCGUCCAAGAAAUUAAUUAUCAUAUAUCAUAAUUUCUGAAAUUUUAUUUUCUUUACCUUUUUAUACACACGCACAAAUAUAAUAUAAAUAUUCACAUUGAACAAACAUAAACACGAACACAAACACACAUAUAAGCACGAGUUCUUCUAAAAGAGACAAAAGGGAAUAGAAGGAAAAGAAACCUUUAUCCUUUAUAAAAACAGAAAAGAUCGUCCUUAUUAGUCUAUAACCUUCUCCACUCGUAGGGUUCUUUACUUCUUUUUCUUCACAAUCUCUCUUCUUCACCACAAAAAGACUAGGGUUUUCGUGGGCUAAUAUCUAAAUGGGUAGAUGCGGAAGGAGCAGCGACGGAGGGAUUAGUGGAGCUAGACCGUACGUACGGUCUCCGGUACCUCGCCUGAAAUGGACGCCGGAGCUUCAUCAGAACUUCGUUCACGCCGUUGAUAUGCUCGGUGGUCAAUACAGUCAGUUUUGUCAAACCAACUUUUAUUUCUUUUUGUCCUUUUUAUAAAAAACAUGUCUUAAAAGUUUUUUUUAAAAGUUCAUCAAUCGUCAUCUUCAAGAUCUAAAUGUUUGUAUUUUUUUGGGUUUGAAUGAAACAGAAGCAACUCCAAAACUUGUUCUUAAGAUAAUGGAUGUAAAGGGACUAACAAUAUCACACGUCAAGAGCCAUCUCCAGGUCAAACAAAAUGAUGAAACAUUUCAUUUUUAUUAUUUUUAUUAUCUUGGCCAUCAUACUACUUUAUUCACCUUAGCUUAUAAUAAUUUGAUUGUUUGUUUAGUAAUCUGAAUAUUUAAAACGUUUCUUUUUUGUUUUGAUCAUGCCGCAGAUGUAUAGAGGAUACAAACCCACUCUUCUUGGACGAUCAGGUAAUAAAUUUUAGAAAUAUUUGGGAUCACAUAUUAAGGCAGUCAAUUACACUUAUUACGCCACAAGUCAAGACUAUGACGGUUAAUUUCAAACUCCAACUAUAGGCAUCAAAACUGUAAUUUAUAAAUUUAAGUCGUGUUAGACCAUUGUCAUACAUAUACAUAGGGUAAUUCAGUCAUACAGUUGGUCUUGUUCCCACCAUUCACAUCAAAAUUGUACUGCAUGAAUGUAUUUUUCACUGGACCAUUGUCAUAAAAGUAUAAAUACUGGUGAAAUAUUUAUUAUAACAAGGGAAAAAGAAUUUAUCUAUGUCUUGUAGGUAAAUAGAUGCUUCUUAAAUUUGAUGGUCAAUUAAUUAAUUAAUGUUUUUAUCAUAUAUUUCUGGGCGACAAAAGAGAGUUCAUCAUCUUCAAGAAGAAGAAGACAAGACAAUGAAGAUCAUUUUUAUGACAACUUGUCUGAACACGCAAGGAAUGAUUGUCUUUUGGGUUUUCACUCUUUCAACUUUAGAGGGCGGACUUCAGCUGAUAAUGAUGACGAUGACUUUCUCAACAACAUUAGCAUGGAGAGAACGAAGACAUUUGCAGGCAUUGGCGAGUCCAACAAAUUUCAGUCUAACCACUUUCUCGAGGUAAUAAAAAUAUAUUCAGUUUCAGAAUAUGGUUUCAUAAAUAGCAUUUACGAAGUAAAACAGUAUUUUAGACUCAGAUUAACACUCAUUAUAUAAAACGAUUGAGCAGUGUAGGAACAUUUCCAAUGGAAUACAAAAAUUUACUCUAUAUUUUAUACUCCCUCUGUUUUUUUUUAAAUAACGUUCUAUAAGUUUCACACAAAUUAAGGCACCUAAUACAAUAUCUGUUCUACCCUCUCCAUCAAUUAAUUAUCAUCUCUCGUUACACACAUUCUUUUUAAAAAAAGAAAAUAUAAUAAGGGUAAAUAAAGUCUUAUUUCAUUAUAUCUUGCAUUGUUUUCCGAGGACGUCAACUAUAAUGAUACAAAACAAAUAUUCUAAAACGUCUUUUAAAAGAAAACGGAGGGAGUACUAAAAUAUUGUAACUCUAUUAUAGAGUUGAAUUUGCUCCAAUAGUUCACUCUAUAAUAGAGUGAAAUUUAGAGUAAUGUUGUUUUUUUAUUCUAUAUUACUCUAUAUUGAAUUUAGAAUAAAAAAACAACAUUACUCUAUAUUUCACUCUAUUAUAGAGUGAACUAUUGAUGUAAAUUCAACUCUAUAAUAGAAUUACUCUUUUUUAGAGUGAAAUAUAGAGUAAAUUUUUGUGUUCCAUUGGAGAUAGUCUAAUGACAACACUAGAGGAUUGGUGCACCAAAAUAAAAUUUGAUGUUUUGGUGUUAAAAAGACACCAAAUUUGAUGUUUUGAUGUUGAACUUUAUUUUUUUUAAUUACAACUACAACAUUAAAUUCUACAGAUCAAAAUUCUGUACACAAUAUUACUUAGUGAAUUAAUCUGAUUUUAUAACCUAAUCAUAAUAUUUUCCUAUUCUAUAAUCUACAGCUUCUAAUAACUAAUACCCAUAUCAUUUGAGAUUUUAAAUGAUUUAGACUAUACUAAUAUAUUGUGGACUUGUCUUAAGUUUCGACUGUGAAAUGCUAUUACAUAAUAAGAGAUUUUUUUAACAAUUAAAGCUAAAAUAGCUAUCAGGAACUAAGAACUUGUGGCUUUGAGCUUAUUCAGGUACAGAGAACGAAGAACAUUUGGGUCAACGAAGAAGAAGAUUUAACACUGUCUCUAUCGUUGGAUCAUCCUCAUAAUUCUCAGAAACGUUGGAGAAGCAAUACGUCGUCGUCACUUAGUGAAACCAGCGAAGCAGUCUCGUCUGCUUUCAUUUCCAGGGAUUGUUUCGCUUCUUCAAAGAUUGAUCUUAAUCUUAAUCUCUCUUUUUCCUCCUCUUCUUCUUAGCUGAAUCUUUGUUCCUUUGUUUUCAAUAUUAGUGUAGUGAACAUUUAGGUUUUUUUUAACGCAGUGUUUUAGCUAGGCUUCUAAAUUUGUUCUCGUUCGCGAUGUUUUUAUGGGCCUUCGUACGUUGUCACGGUCGAUUUGGAGCCAAAGCAAUUUGAGUGGUUGUAAACUUAUGAUUAGAUUUGGUUUUCACAUGAAGCACUUGGAUUACAGAUUGAUUACACGACAUGUUAAGAGGGAAGACUGGAUUACAUUUUGUUUUUGUUUGAAUGAAAAUUAAUGGCUCAUCCGGUGAUUAGUGUGUUUGCCUAAUCUUUGUUGUUAUAUGUAUUCCAGAAAAGAAGCAUUAAAGGCAACGUUUUACCGUUAAGUAGUGGGUGUAAUUAUUUUUUUGGUGUAAUUUAAUUUAUCAACGCAUUAAAUUUAUAA